AUGAUUGAUGAUGAUGCUGAUGAUGAUGAUGAGAUGAUGAUGAUGAAGCAGGAUUAUAAAGACGGAAGAGAUAAUCAUGCACAUUCAUCAGUGCUCGCUGAGUUUCAGCAACGAUCAAUCAAGAUGGCUUCCGCGGCGCAGCAGGAGGGCCCUUUUUUGCUUCUUCUUCCUCUUCUUCGUCUAUCAAAAGCAGAAGACGAGCAAGAAGACGUCCAGAGGGAACUGUACUAUGGAUGUAUGUACCGUGGAUCGCGAACCCGCCAAAACACGCAGCGUGCCAGACCAGACUUGACUUCGUACCGGGUCCUGUGCUUCACUCUCUUCACCACCACCACCACUACUACGCCCUUGGUUUUUGCAAAAGCGACGGCGACCCUUGACUGGCCCUCGCUGGCUGAGCUUCUCGCCCCCCAGCCAUUCCUUUUCCUUGCGGUCUGCAAAAAUCGCAUCGUCCUCAAAUCUCCAAGAAGUGCGUGGAGCGUGGAGCAAGCAGGCCCGAGGGUGGAUCAAGGACAACUCACAACUCACACUUCACGGUCUGGUGAUACCAUUUGCUGGCAAACAUCUCAUGGGGUUGGUUGCUUUUUCCUUCUGCUGCUUUCUGUCUCUGCUUCUUCGUCUUCUUCCUCGCCGUGGUGCACCGUUCUUCUGGAAGCAAGCAUCAUCAUCACUCGACUCGUUCGCCCUCCGUGCUCUGCUUCUGCUGCUUCCGCUGCUGCUUCUCCUGCUGCUGCUGCUGCUAUUCUUACUUCUCUAGCCUCGGGAUCAGCCGCCCCGUCAACCUGGCUUCUCUAUCCGUUGUUCGCUUUGGGGCCCUUUUAUUCUUUCUUUUUCUUCUUUCUUCCCCCCCCUUUCCCUUCGUCUCUACCUCUUGUCUGCCCUCUGCUUCGAUCUACACAUACGUGCACUCCUCUUCUUUGUCUGUGA